GAGAGCUGGGCAGUCACGCAGCCUAACUGGCUGGUUGGGCGUCAGGGAGGUGAAGGUAGGACUACCGGUCACGGGCGCCGAGUUCCCUCUCUCCAGCUGCCCGCAGUCAGAGCAUGCUCCUCAGGCCCCGAGGACCCCUGCCCGGGCUUGCUUAGAGAAGACAAGUCCCCAGCACUGGGGCCGGGGCGUCCCUGCCCGCUCCUCCUCUGUCGCUGGAGAACCGCCUGGCUGAGCGGCUGGGAGAAACAGGCCAGAGCCUUCUAGGGCCUCGGGCCCGGGGACCCGUGGAGGAUGAGCUGGCUCUUUCCCCUGACCAAGAGCGCCUCCUCCUCCGCAGCUGGGUCCCCCAGUGGCCUCACCAGCCUCCAACAGCAGAAGCAGCGCCUGAUCGAGUCCCUCCGGAACUCACACUCCAGUAUAGCUGAAAUACAGAAAGAUGUGGAAUACAGGUUGCCAUUCACCGUAAACAACUUGACAAUUAACAUUAAUAUAUUGCUCCCUCCACAAUUUCCUCAGGAAAAACCAGUGAUCAGCGUUUAUCCACCAGUACGACAUCACUUAGUGGAUAAACAAGGAGUGUAUAUUACCUCUCCGUUAAUAAACAAUUUUACAAUGCACUCAGAUCUUGGGAAAAUUAUUCAGAGUCUCUUGGAUGAGUUUUGGAAGAAUCCUCCAGUUUUAGCUCCCGCUUCAACAGCAUUUCCAUACCUGUACGGUAAUCCAGGUGGGAUGCCUCCUUAUGCUUCUCAGGGUUUUCCAUUUCUUCCUCCAUAUCCGCCACAAGAAGCUAACAGGACUAUCAGUUCUUUAUCUGUUGCUGACACUGUUUCUUCUUCAACGACAAGUUAUACAACAGCCAAACCUGCUGCUCCUUCAUUUGGUGUCCUUUCAAAUCUGCCAUUGCCUGUUCCCACAACAGACACUUCAGCACCGAUGAGCCAAAAUGGUUCUGGUUACAAGAUGCCUGAUGUCCCUGAUGCAUUUCCAGAACUCUCAGAACUAAGUGUUUCACAACUUACAGAUAUGAAUGAACAAGAGGAAGUAUUACUAGAACAGUUUCUGACUUUGCCUCAACUAAAACAAAUCAUUACUGACAAGGAUGACUUAGUAAAAAAUAUUGAGGAGCUAGCAAGAAAAAAUCUCCUUUUGGAGCCCAGCUUAGAAGCCAAAAGGCAAAGUGUUUUAGAUAAGUAUGAAUUACUUACACAAAUGAAAUCUACUUUUGAAAAGAAGAUGCAGAGGCAGCAUGAACUUAGUGAGAGCUGUAGUGCGAGUGCCCUACAGGCGAGAUUGAAAGUAGCUGCACAUGAAGCCGAGGAAGAAUCUGAUAAUAUUGCGGAAGAUUUCUUGGAGGGAAAAACUGAUAUAGAUGAUUUUCUCAGUAGCUUCAUGGAAAAAAGAACAAUUUACCACUGUAGAAGAGCCAAAGAAGAAAAGCUUCAACAAGUGAUAGCAAUGCACAGCCAGUUUCAUGCUCCACUCUAGAUUUUCCUGAAAACAUGAACUGCCAAGAGAGGAAUGGGACAUGAAACAAAGCACAUUUUAUAUAUUUAUGAUUUGCAAAUUGGCAUUUCAUCACAGUGGCUGAAUUCAUAGAUGUACUAUAUAGAUCGUGUACAGCACUGAAACUGAUUUUGUACAGAUUAGAAUGAUUGCUGUGAUCUUUGCUUUAGAAAUUUUCUGCACUAUUUGCACUAAAAAUGUUUAUUUAUUGUUGAUAAAUCCUAUUUAAGUUCCACCGCUAUUCUUCUCAUUAUUGAUGAAAUUCCUAUGCAUGUAAUUUUAGCUAGUUUCAAUAUUUUAAAAAAUUACUUCAUUUAAAUUUGUAUUUUUAAUUUGAAAUUACCUCAUUUCUUUAUCAAAGAGUGGUUUGUUUAGAUUUUUUUCAUUUCAACUUUUUUUGAAAAACUGCUAUUUCAACUAUAGAAAGACUAUAUUUUUCCUCUUUCUUUCUGGAUGAUAAACCUUUCUUUUCGAACAUAAUUUGUUUUUACAACACCAAACCUGCCAAUGUGCAAUCUCAAGGAAGUAACUUUUAAUACAUACAAUAAAUCAAAAGAAUAAACCAG